UAACAAAAGUGCCAAAUGUUUCGACCAACGCUGAUUCGCGGCGUGAGCGCCGACUUACCUGACGUGUCCGGUUACGGUCUCGGCAGGAGUCGCCGAGCCUCCCUCUCGGCCGAGCAGCGCCGAAAGCUGUCCAUGAUCCGGACGGCCAGCAUCCCGAGCCCGCUGACGCCUGUGAGUCACAUUUACCAUUUGGUACCCUGCCCGAGAAAAUGCUGUUCACAGAAAUAUGUCGUCAGUACGGACAGGAGUGGCGAUAUACAUGUUCACGUUCAGGGUGACUUGAGCCAGCAGGACAAGCGAUGUGUGUUUCUCACAGUCCACGAUCUUGGAACCAACCAUUCGUCCAUGGUGGACUUUGUGGGCAUGCCGGCCAUGACCGAGAUAAAAGAACGCUCCUGUUUCAUACACGUGGACGUCCCGGGACACGAGGAAAACUCGCCCGACCUGCCCGACUCUUACCAGUUCCCUCCCCUCCAAACGCUAGGCGAGGACCUGAUCACAGUGUUGGACUUCCUCCACGUCCGUUACGCUGUAGGCCUUGGCGAAGGCGCCGGGGCCAACGUGCUUGCUCGCUGCGGCCUCGCGCACCCCCGCCGGCUCUUAGGCCUCAUCCUCGUCAACUGCACGGCGUCAACCUCCUCAGUCGCUGACGCCUUCAGAUCCAGGUUCUCUCGCUGGAAAGGCACGGACAUCUCGCAGUCCGAGGAGGACUUCCUUAUCUACCACAAGUUUGGACACCAAAUCCAAAGCGACUCCUGCGAAGCAACCGAACGCGAACGAAUGUUACUAGAGUACCGCUCGCGUCUGCGCGGGAAUCUCAACACGCACAAUAUCAAGCAGUAUGUGCGCGCCUUUAUCAACCGCAAAGACCUGGUCCUCCGCGGCUGCCAGCCCGACAUCCUGCUCAUCACGGGGCUGCUCAGCCCCUACGCCAGCGUCGUGGAGAAAAUGUACAAGGAGCUCGACAAGGACAAGGUCACCAUCCUCAAGGUCGAGAAGGUCGGCGACGUGCUGGCUGAGGCGCCCGCAAAAGUGGCGCAAUCCCUCCUCCUCUUCUGCCAAGGCCAGGGUCUGCUGACCUCCCUCCCCCCACCAGGGGUCGAACGGCGCAUGUCCCGCGCUAUGUCCAUGGAGGAAUACGACAAGCCCAAUAUUCGGCGGCUGUCGCUCACGCCGAGCGUGUCCGAGUCUCCGCCACCGAGGAAGUUGUAAGGCUUGUGAUGGUGUCAAAUCUUACCAGCUUCGAGCAACACCGGCUUCCGACACGUCGGAAGGGAGCCCAAGCGAGCUUACCGUACAAAUCGUUCUGCCAUUUUUUGCACACAGUCCAAUCUGUAAUGACGACGCUAAAUACAUAGAAAUUACGCACGUCAAAGACAAAUCUUGCACAUAACUUUUUGUGUACGGAUGAGUAACUACACGCACCGCGUCAGUUGUGUGCCCAGUUGGGCAUGUGCUUCGGUAGAAGGGAAAUAGUGCGAAUGCAGACUUCCCGGUGUUGCUCGAAGAGCGAUAUCGUCUUCAGUUUACUGAAAAUUCGUGAAUUGCAUUAGUUUAUGGCAGUGUUCUUCAAACCUCCUUGGCAUAAUGUUAUUUUCCUUUUAACCUUUUCGCCGCCAAGUCAAUGAAGUAAAGUGUCAUCAAACACCAUGUCAAAAAUUGCACGUAAACAAACUUGGCCAAAACCACGACUUGAUAUGAAGUCGUGGCGUGUGGGGCACGAAAUGUACUGGCUUUAUAUGAAGUCAAUGGCGGCGAAAAGGUUGAAGCCCUUUGCCAGCCCUUACAAUCCACUUAUUUGCCUGGGGGUCGCGACAAACGCGUUAAAAACUCAGGUUUAAGGUGACACUGCACUUCUUGACCUGACGCCGAUGCGGUCACGGCUUGUCACGGGGAUAAGGUCACGCAAAAACUGACGAGAAAAUUUUUGAGUACCGUAUUUUGCUCCGGUAUUCGGUGUCAAGAAAUGCGGUGGCACCCGCAAUAGUUGCAUUAUUGUUGCCAGAAUGAGAGAUGAUAAUCACAUACAACUCAGUACAAAUAAUUAUGUAGUAAAAAUUUAUCGUAUACAUAAGUCGGCCUUAUUGUAAACGCCUGUACUUUUAUAUUAGCAAGAUGUGUUGCGUCAACAUGUAAAACAUUUUUAGCAGGCGCUUCAAAUUUGUAAAAAAUAUUACCUAAAAUAGAAUUAUUUUCUUAUUUGUAUGGAAUUAGAAGCCGAAUGAGUUGUUUUAUAGUAAUUUUUUAAACGAUGGAUGUUAUUUUAAUACCCAUUUUGCUCCUCACUUGUUAUGUUAUGAUGUUAUGCGAGACAUAUCAUCAACAUGUUAUUUUAUACGGUCCACAAUUUGAAUAUUUUAAAUAUAUAAAAUUGUUGGUAGCCAAAGAUAAAUAUAGUUUAGUAAUAAUCAAUAUAAUUAAAUAUUUAUUUAAUAUAGUUGUAUGUUAAUAUAAUAUAAUGGCAGUGUUAUAUCAAAAUAAGAGGAAUGAGAUGCUUUUUUUCUUUGUGACAGAUAAAAAAAAUGAAAAAUUAUGUUCAUGCACUCUAGACAAGGUAAAAUUGUACAAAUCGUGAAAUAGUGUACAUAUAGUAAAGACAUGUUGCCUAGUUAACAUAGUCAUCCAGUCACAAUGUAUGGGAGCGCCAUACUAACGUGGCACUUGGCGUGACAUAACUCUCCUUUUUUAUAAUAUAGGUGGCAAACGAGCAGACGAAUCGCCCGAUGGUAAGCAAUUACAGUUGCUCAUGGACUUCUGCAAUACCAGAGGGGUUGCAAGUGCGUUGCCGGAGAUAAAGGGAGUACGCUUUUCUUGAGACCUUUACUUUUUUUUUCUCACACAAAAUAGUCACAAAUAAUUAUUAAACUAAAUCGAGAUGGAUUAAAUGCAUCUAGCCCUUAGAUCUAGCCAAUUUCAUAAAAUGUAGGUACCAGAGCUCUAUUGUUUUAUUUAUUUAUGUUAUGGAGAAUCGAAAUAUAACAGCGUUUGUUAUCAAGUUACCUAAUAAAUUAUUAUUAGGAAUAUUUUUUGUGCAAUUUCAAUGUAUUGUGUAGGUAUUUUAGUAAUUAUUUUAAUAAAUGUGUAUUUUAUGAAAAAAUAUACGUUAUUUGAAUUUU